AUGUAUGCAACAUCUUCGAUUCUGUCACCAACACCACAAAGUUUCUUCCUUUCUCCUCAUCUGCCUCCAAUUUCAUUCUUCUACAGGGUAAAGUUUCCGGUUUUACCCGUAACGAAGUGCUGCUGCUAUGGCGGCGAAUUUGGUCGUGCUUCGUUCUAUAGACGACGGAGUUUUGAUCAAAGACGAAGAAAUCGAAUCGUAGUGCCGAGAGCUAGAGUCUCUCCUUACGAGGUUCUUGGUGUGUCUCCGUCGGCGACUCCUCAAGAUAUAAAAAGGGCUUACCGGAAACUUGCUCUCAAGUAUCACCCAGAUGUUAAUAAAGAGGCAAAUGCGCAGGAGAAGUUUCUGAAGAUAAAGCAUGCAUACACCACUCUGAUAAACUCCGAUUCACGGCGUAAGUACGGUUCGGAUAGCCGUGCGUCUGGUAAUUCUUACUCCACGAGUCGAAAAAGCGACAGUCAAGUGGAGGAAGAUUUCUAUGGACUUGGGGAUUUCUUCAAAGAUCUUCAAGAAGAGUUCAAGAACUGGGAAGCGAGUUCGUCCUCACAAGGAAAACCCAAAAGUCUCUGGGAGGAACUAGCGGAAAUUGGGGAAGAGUUUGUGGAGUUUCUUGAGAAAGAACUUAACAUAAGCGAUGAAGACAAUGAGGGAUCAAGCAAACCCGGAGAAAGAUUUGACUUUGACGAAAGCUCCUCGGCGGAUAAGUCGUCGGGGAAUAGUAAUAGUAGCUCGAAGAACAGCAUAGAAGAUAACAUUGAUGAGAUCGAAGCAACUCUUGCUCAAUUGAAGAAAGAUCUUGGCUUGCAAUAA